AUGCCAUCCAAAAGAGCAACAACAACACUGAGACAAGUGUACAACCUCUCCGACAAUAUUACAACUAAUACAAACAGCCGAAGCAUCAGAAUCUUACAAAUUAAUUUACAGAGGAGCAAAGCGACAAGCUCAUUGCUAAUUGAAAAUGCCAAUAAACUAGAUGCAGACAUACUCCUCAUACAAGAGCCCUAUAUAAUCAAUAAUAAAAUUGUGAGAUUCGGGGGCUGGCAGAUAUUGGCGAAACAAGGGGAAAAAAAGCCAAAGAGCAGGAUUAUUGUUAGGAACGACAACAUUGACAUUGUUCUGGUCCCUCAUCUUUCUAAUAACAUAAUUACAACCACAGUUUUACAUCAGGAGCCAGAGAUAUACAUGAGCAUUUACCUGGCACCUAGUGAAGACUACAUCGAAUCCAUCAAAAAUCUAGAACAAAUUCUAAGAAAAAUAAAUAGUAAGACCUUAAUAGGUGAUUUUGCAUUUAAGUCUCCUGCUACUAUUUGGUUCAGCCCCAAGGAGGAUGAGAGGGGAAGACAAUUAAAUUUAUUAAUGGAGGAAAUGGACCUGGUGUCGGGGAACAUGAGUACUAUCCCCAUGUUUUUUACUGUCUUUGCCAAAAGAUGGAACGACAUAUGUCUGAUAUCCAAUGACUUCAUGCAUAAAAUCAACUCCUGUGAAACCCUUACAACUACUACUACCAGUGACCACAGAAUUAUUUUAACUGAAAUUAAAGGCACAAAAAUACUCAAUAACAAUACAGGCAAAAGGAUACAAACACUCACUAAUUGGGAGCUCUUUCGUGAAAACUUUGCAAGAAAUUGGAGAAACUUCACUUUCAAACCAGCAGAAACAACAGAGGAUGUAGACAGCUGCAUAGACCAUGUUACAAGAGCAAUUCAAUUGGCUGGCCAACAAGCAGCCAGACCUAAGAAAACAGAGGUAAAAAAAGUUUGGUGGACAAGCGAGUUGACAGCAUACAAAAGGAGGGUCAGAAAAAUCAGGAAAAAAAUGGAAAGAUCGAGAAACAAAGAAGAGGAGAAAAGAAUGAAAUAA